AUGAGCGCCGCAACGAAAUUGAACAUCCUCCGUGGACAGUUGAGGCGAACUGCUCCCAUGCGUGUCAGCAGCCGAAAUGACCUGGUCCCGUCCAAGACCCCACGAGUGAAUGGCUGGACUUGGCCCCCUCAGGUCUUUCAAGUCAUUGUCUGGCUGGUGUACAACUACUUUGCCAUCGUAGCCUUUGGCAUGUUCAUCCCUCUCCUACCGCCGCCUUGGAACCACGUGCUCUACGCCUUUAUAGGUUUGGCCUUUCUCGUGCACUUGCUCAGCCAUGUUGCCGCAGUGACUAUAGAUCCAGCUGAUGCCAGCGUGAGGGCCAAAAAGUCUUACGCUGGACCGAUGCCUCUUUUUGACCGCACAGUGCAGGCUCAUGUCAUCCAGGAUUCACACUGUUAUUUGUGUGACGUCAAGGUUGGUCCCAAAGUGAAACACUGCAGUGUUUGCAACAAGUGUGUAUCAGAUUUUGAUCAUCACUGCAAAUGGCUGAACAACUGUGUUGGUGGGAGAAACUACAGGUGUUUCUUUGUAGCAGUGUCCUCCGCAGCAGUCGGUGUGGUCCUUUUGGUUGCUGUCAUCACAUUUAUAUUCAUCCAGCACUAUGUGAAUCCAAACGUCUUGCGGACCGACCCACGAUUCCACAGUGCGCUGAACAACAACACCUGGCUGGUGUUUUUACCAUCAGCCCCUGUGAAAACGAGUGCAGCCGGUCUCCUCAUAGUUGCCUUCGCUACCGCCGUACUGUGCUUCACGUGUCUGCUGCUGCUCUGGCACCUACUCUGUUUCCAUUUCUACCUCUUGUGUAAAGGACUAAGCACGUUUGAGUAUAUAAAGCUGCAGCGUCAAAAAGAAGCCAGAAGUAGAGAUGCUGAAGUGGGAACGCCGCAUGGCAUGCAAAUGAACGACAAGGUCUCACAGAAUCAUCUGAGCUCUAUCGACUGUGAGCCCACCCAAAUUCAUGGUUCAAGUUCAUGCAACACUAGUAAUAAAGGAUCACUUUCCAGGCGACUGCCAGAGUCCAUCUGCAGAGAGUUGGAAAACAUUAAGAAACAACCAGAAAAGGACACCACCUUCCAUCAUGAAACACCAAAUUCAGGAGAAAAAGAAAACAAAAGCGAUAUAAGCACAUCUAGGAGCUGGAAGCCUGGCACAGGUGGUGACAUGCAGAGUGAAAGCAUCAGGUCGGCGGAAAGCGUUCCGGAUGUCCAGGAUCCCCUCGGAAGCUCAGUGAUGACUCCAGAUGACACAUAA